CGAAGGUGUCGGACGAACUUGCAUUGCGAGAUCCGCUGGCACUGGUUGGCCGGUCUGAAGUUGAACCGCGUCCGCCUCACCUCAGAAAGCUCAGCGGUCGAGCUUCGAUCAGUAAUCUGGCUCGUCGCAUGUGGAGAAGAAUCGGGUAAGGGCUACUUAUGUCACGAAACCAAUCAGGGCGGAGGUAGAACAUGCUUUGCGUAACGUAUCGAACGUGGGACUUGGAAAGCGCGUUCGGACGACCCACUGGGAGCGGCAGAAAGGGGGUCCGACUGCCACUAGCGGUGCGACUAGGUAACGGCGACGUGAACAUGUGCAUGCCGUGGUGAACAUAAAGAGGAGCCCAAUUCGGCAAAUGCGACAGUCUCAGUUCGAUACUGACAGCUGCUUGUUCCAUGUUAACUCCAGGCCGCUCAGAAUUUAAAAGCUGAAGAGCGCUGUUUCCCACGGAGCAGGAACACGACCGCGUGGACUCUCAUAUUUAACACGUCAUGCACAACACCAUACUUCUCGCCCUCUGGGCAGGAGGAUCUUUCAUUCUCUACAAGAUCGUUGCACAUCUUCUCACAGAGCGCUACUAUCGCAAUGAAGCCAAGAGGCUGGGCUGCGAGCCUGCGUACAAAUUCAAGCUCCUUGACUUUCAGGGCAUCCGAAACGUUUCGAGAAUGAUCGCAGCUGACAAGAGGUUCCACAUCCCCGAGUACAUCAAGGGACGUGUUGACAAUGCAUGCGCCGACGAGGGCAGGAGCAUCACAACUUUCGACCAGAAGGCUUUGGGUGUCCGGAGCAUGUUCACGGUCGACCCCAAGAAUGUACAGGCUGUUCUCGCUACGCAGUUCAAGGACUUUGGAUUGGGCGAGAAGAGAAAUGUCAAUUUCUCUGCUUUGCUGGGACAAGGCAUUUUCUCCACAGAUGGUGCCGAAUGGCAACAUGCGCGAAACAUGCUUCGACCUCAGUUCGCGCGCGAGCAGGUCAGCGACCUCGACCUUGAGGAGGAGCAUAUCAAGAAUCUCAUGCGCGUUAUCCCCGUCAACAAAGAUGGUUGGACGGAUGUCACAGACAUACAGCCUCUGUUCUUCAGGUUGACGAUCGACUCCGCUACAGAGUUCCUCUUCGGCGAGAGUGUAGAUUCACAACUCACAGCCCUGGCAGACUACGCCUCAAGCCGGCCGUCCAUGGUAGUGAGCGAGAAGGAUUUUGCAACUUCUUUUGACGCAGCUCAAGCUAGUGUCGCCAUGGCUACUCGCAUGGGUGAACUGGGGUGGCUAGCUUUCGACAAGACGUUCAGACACAAUCGCGAUGUCUGCUGGACAUUCAUCGACCACUACGUGCAGAAAGCGCUUAACCUAGAGAAGGCAUCUGGAAAGCGAAGCGCUAGCGGGAAACAGAAGUAUGUUCUACUCGACGCACUUGCUGAAUCGACAAGGGACCCCAUUGAGCUUCGAGCACACAUGAUCUCGAUUCUGCUCGCGGGUCGCGACACAACGGCCUCGCUGCUCUCCUUCACCUAUACGCUCUUCAUAAAGCACCCUGAAGUCUACCAGAAGCUUCGCAGCAUCAUCCUGGAAGAAUUUGGUACCUACAGCAACCCCCGCAACAUCACUUUCUCGACCCUCAAGUCCUGCACCUACCUCCAAUGGGUGCUGAACGAGACCCUUCGUCUUCACCCGGUCGUGCCUCUCGACGGCCGCAGAGCUCUCAAGGACACGACCCUCCCCACCGGCGGUGGAAUGAAUGGCGACAAGCCUGUCUAUAUCCGGAAGGGUACUCAGGUCGAUUAUAGCGUGUACGUGAUCCAGCGUCGCAAGGACCUCUGGGGUGAGGACGCCAAUGAGUUCCGUCCCGAGCGCUGGGAUGCAAGGAAAUCUGGAUUCGAGUACCUGCCGUUCAACGGUGGGCCCAGAAUCUGCAUCGGUCAACAGUUUGCCCUUACCGAAGCUGGAUAUGUGCUCGUGAGGCUUGCGCAGCGAUUCGAAAGCAUUGUUGGUGUCAACAACAGCUGGGACAGUGUGGACAACGGUGGGCAGGGCUACUUCAGGACUAAGCUCAGUUUGACUGGGUGUCCUGCCGACGGCGUCAAAGUCAGGAUGAAGGAGGCUCAGGAGUGAUGGGUUGCAGCUUAAACACCCUGUAACGAACGUAUGCCAAUAGCGACCAGUUCAAGUGGAAUCAGCAUCAGUACGCUUGCUCACAGACAUAACACUUCCCACACACCCCCGACAGCUCAGGCACGUCUCCAAAUUCCCCACCACUCAGGCAGGUGGGCGACAGUACAGAUGGAACGAACAAACAUAGAUGUGUAUACAUGUAUCAAAAGCGCACGAGUAGCGCGUAGCUACGGGUAUCCCAGAACGCCAAGCAACGGCAACGCUCAACUGCAACGAGACGGAAAAUCACAGGUACUCUGCCA